CACGUGUCAGCCCUGACACUCACUGUGGGGAGUGUUCAAGGACAGACGAAGGGACCCAGGCCACGAACGCUUGUGACCUAUGUACGGGGCUGCUCCUCCGCGGCAGGGCAGGCAGGACCUCCCAGCUGCUCAGAGGAUGUGUCUCCAGAAGGAGGAUGCCAUUUAGAGUGAGUGUUUAUAAAAAAUGUUGGAUGAUGACGAAGUGACCGAAUGAAUGCAAGAUAUGUGGACUGAGUCUUGAAAGACCCUCUCUGACUCUUCUUUCAAGCCAGAGCAACAAAAACCUUGUGCAGUACUGGAGCCACAGAGAGCAUCGUGAGUUCAAAGAAGAAUACACAUUGUCAAAACAGGAUGAAGUUGAGCAGUGAAAAGUUGCCCAAGAACCCCUUUUAUACCGCUCUUUCCCAGUAUGGUGCUAAGAACUCAAAAUUCUUCCAGUGGAGGAAGGAAAAAACUGAUCAUUACGGCCAUGCUAAUUUGGUGGAUAAGGCAUUGCAGCUCUUGAAGGAAAGAAUAAGACGGGGGGAUGCUAUGGCAUAUUUCCUACGAGGUCAACUGUAUUUUGAAGAGGGAUGGUAUGAAGAAGCAUUAGAACAGUUUGAAGAAAUCAAGGAAAAAGACCAUCAAGCAACUUACCAGCUAGGAGUAAUGUAUUAUGAUGGGCUGGGGACACCUACAGACGCUGAAAAAGGAGUGGAAUACAUGAAGAAAAUCAUCCAUUCUCCAUGUCCCAAAGCAAGACACCUACAAUUUGCAGCUGCCUACAACCUUGGAAGAGCUUAUUAUGAAGGGAAAGGUGUCAAACGAUCAGAUGAGGAAGCUGAAAGACUGUGGCUUUUUGCUGCAGACAAUGGAAAUCCAAAAGCUAGUGUGAAAGCUCAAAGUAUCCUAGGAUUAUAUUAUUCCACAAAAGAACCCAAAGAAUUAGAAAAGGCAUUUUAUUGGCAUUCAGAAGCGUGUGGCAAUGGAAAUCUGGAGUCCCAGGGUGCACUUGGGCUGAUGUAUUUUUACGGACAAGGCAUCCGCCAGGACCCUGAAGCUGCCUUGCAGUGCUUAAGGGAAGCGGCAGAACGUGGAAACGUCUAUGCUCAAGGGAAUCUCGUGGAGUAUUACUAUAAGAUGAAAUUUUUUACUAAGUGUGUUACAUUUUCCAAAAGGAUUGCUGACUACGAUGAAGUUCAUGACAUCCCUACGAUAGCCCGGGUCACGGACUGUCUCCCGGAAUUCAUCACCAGAGGCAUGGCCAUGGCAUCUUUCUACCACGCCCGAUGUCUUCAGCUUGGCUUGGGGGUCACAAAGGAUGAAGCGACAGCGAAACACUACUAUUCUAAAGCGUGCCGUCUGAACCCUGCAUUGGCAGAUGAACUUCACUGUUUACUUAUACAUCAAAGAAUUUAGAUCAUAAUGCGUUUCAACAAAGACCAUCAACCCUGGCACCUUAGAAUGGAUCAGAACCUAGGCCUCACCUGGAAUGUUCUCAAGCAGCUUCUGCUGUGCUCUCUGUUUUGUUUCCUGACUUUGUUCUUCGCU